CAAACCAAUUAUGAAAGUAAUUUAUAGCAGACCAGAGAGGUGUAUGUCUAAUCUCUGCAAACAGACACUCAAAUAAAUGUCAGAGGUGGGUUAUGAUUUAACAUUUUAUUUGUUUAGACUGACGUGAACGCUUUUUUGUUAAAGAAAAAAAAGGGAAAAAAAACUGAAAUGUGUGAAUCUUAAGCAUAUUUUAAAGGAAACUAUUUAUUUAUAUAUUUUAGAUCUAAGUAAUAUUAGUUUUCAAGUCAUAACUAGCGGGUUAAAAGUCUCUAUUUAAAAAAAUGUUUUUGAAAAAAAGGAGAAAAUUGAAGUUUAUGAAUGUAAUGAGUGACAGUUCUUUCUGAACUUUGAAAAGUGCAACAAAAUGUCAUUUAAAAGUUAAUUUUUGCACAAAUCCAACACUAAAACAAAGCUUAAACUACCCCCUUCAGACGCGUCACAUUUUUUGUGAAGCACUAAAAGAGAAGUUUCCCACGAGACCUGAAAGCAUCAUGCGGUAUAAUAAAGCUUCUGCGCACAUUUACCAUCUUCACACCUCUCCUCUCCCCAUCGCGUAGAAUAAAUCAAUGUCACAGUGAAAGACGCAUGCGAGCAGCGAGGGAGGGAGGGAGGAAGAGGAGAGCAGGCAGGCAGACUGGGGAGGAAGCAAGCAAAGCUGUCAAACUCCAAAAUCCGCUGUGACACACAGAGCUGCUCAUUCAUCAGCGCUUAUCUGAUUAAAAAAAAAAAAAGGAGAGAUUUUAAAGCAGGGAGUGAUGCAGGCUGCACAGGGGGAUAAGUCGGAGUUGGACUUUAAGUUGGACAUUUGUGCGCGUGGCUGUGGAGGGGGCAGGCUGCCCGCAGACGCAGGGAUGAUGGAGGAAGACAAGGAUGAGAAGAGGAAGAUCCAGUUCUCUGUGCCUUCAUCCGUGCCAGUCCAACUGGACCCGCGCCAGGUGGAGAUGAUUCGACGUCGGAGGCCGACACCUGCCACGCUUUUCAGACUGACAGAUGCAGCGUCUCCUGAGGAAGACAGUGGCCAGCGUCAGCGGGCUCUGGGUGAAAAAGGCGUUUUAAAACCGAAACUGGUUCACAUGUCAACCUACCAGCCACCCUCUCUGAAAGCUGUCCAGAGGAUGGCCCAGGCACACUUCUCCUCCUUAGACAUGGACAAAGAGACUUCUCCAGCAGAAGAGGAGGGGCAGCGUGAUGUGAAGAGGCAGAUUGGCUUCGCCACAGAUCCGAAGGAAGAAAGCAAACCAGCCAAGAACUCACACGAUCUGCAGGAAAAUCCAACAGCAAAAUAAGUUUAAAAAAA